GGUGCCCUCAGGCCUCAUUUUCCACAGUUUGUUGUUUUCUCUUUCGGCGUCGCAGCGUCACGCCGGUGACGUCACGUGCGGCGCCUGCCAGAGACGCGCUCGAAGCCCUGACCGCAGAUCUGAAAGGGAAACUCGGCGAGAAGCAUGUUUGAAAUGCAGAAGCGGGAGACGUGAGCACGGUAACAUUAAUCUGCAGAAACACACUUGAAGGAGGAGCCCAGAGAUCAGGAGACCGUAGAGCAGGAAGUCAGGAGGUCGGAAAGCAGAGCUCGGGAGAUCGCACCGACACAUGAAGCAGGAAGGUCGUGGAGAUGGACGUGAAGCGCAGGCGGUGUGUCGCCUGACGGCUUUCGGAGGGACGCGGACGAGACGAGGACGGCCCGGAGAACGAUGACUCCGCCCAACAGCUCGGACGUGGCUGCCGACUACCUGGCGGUACGCAUGUGGGCCUCCACCGUGUGCUUCCUCAUCAUGGCCUUCUUCAACCUCAUCAUCAACUGGACCAUCGUGUGCGAGGAGCGCCUGCGCCGCCACGCGCGCUUCGUCCUCAUCUUCCACCUGCUCUUCUCGGCGCUCGUCUACUUCGGCGUGUGCUCCGCCUUCCACCUGCAGAUGUACGUGCGCGCGUCGCCGCCGCCGGCCGCCUGCCGGGCCGUGGUGACCCUGCUCAUCACGAGCGCCUCCAACAUCCUGCUCACUCUGACGGCCAUGGCGCUGGACCGCUACUGCGCCGUGUGCUUCCCGCUCAAGUACAGCGCCGGCUGCUCGUGGCACUGGCCGUGGCUCACCGGGCUGCUCACCUGGGGCCUGGCGGCCGUCAUCCCGCUCACCCUGCUCGCGGACGGCGACGCCCCCAAGCCCUGCAACCGCGAGCAGCUCCGGAAGGGCAGCGUGCACAAGAUGGUGCUCAUCUCGGUGUGCUUCGCCGUCAUCCUCUUCAGCUACGCCAGGAUCCUGCAGGAGAGCCGGCGCCUCGGCGUCCUGAACCGCAGCAACAGCAUGGGCCGCCGCACCAUCGCGCUGCACGGCACGCAGCUCGCCGUCUACCUGCUGCCCAACUUUGUCAACUUCCUGCUGCAGUGCCUGGAGCGGAGCGGGCAGCUGCGCAGUGACACGCGGUCGCUCUGCGGCGUCCUCGUCUUCGCCUUCUUCAGCGCGGCGCAGUGCGUCGCCCCCGUCGUCUACGGCCUGCGCAAGGAGGAACUCCUCGAAGACCUGCAGAGGCACUUCCCUGGCCUGGUGUGCAACGUGGCGGGCCUCCUCAAGUGGACGGUGCGCAGGACACACCCGGGGCUGCCCGCCUGCCCGCGGGAAAGGGCCUCGACUUCCCAGAGACUCAUCUCGCAGGAACUUCCGCAAACAUCCGUGUGACGGGAGGCGACAGCAGGACACACGGAGACAGCGGCAGAAAGCGAGCGACCCCCGGGGCGGGGCUGUACGGUACUGUACGGUACAACGCGGUACCGACUGGUACGCUGACCCACGUACACGGGUCCACCUGAUGGAGGACCAACAGCCGGUGGGGCCGAACGCCGAGUUGCGAGGCCACCAGGUUCGGUGAGGCUGCGGCGGCUCCCCGGGGGACGGUUGCUGGCAACGGUCACGUUCCUCCUCAUCCAGACAAGUUUCUCUCAGUGCUCUCUGUCCACCUGAGGAUCUUUCCAGCUUUCUGGACAAAGAUGUGUCCAAGGAUGAGUCCAUAGCUAGUGGACGCGAGGACACGCUGCCACAAGCGGUCGAGGACGUUUCACUGACGCCGCAAAAACCACGGUCGUCCCCACGUGACUUGUGCUCUGCAGCGGAUCGAUGGCCCACAACUCCAGCGCCGUCCUGUCGCUUCACUGCGCACGAUUCUCGAUUUAAAUAUAAAAGAAAUAAAUGCUAUUUAUGA